CGGCGGGGCCGGAAGGCGCUGCCCUGCCCGCAUGGCCGCGGGUGGCACCGCGGAGCUGUGCGGCGCCGAGCGCGGCCCCGGGGCCUCGCAGCGCCGCGGCAUGAGGAGGGACGGAGCCGGGGACCCCUUCUGGCCCAGGAGGGAAGACCAAAGCACCCAGAAGAGAAAUCUAUGGCCAAAGGCUGCACACAAAGCCCUGGGCAGAUCCAGCAGUCAACGUGGAGAUGCUUCGGGUGGUGCCUCCAGGAGAGAAACGGAGCACAGAGAAGUCAGUGUGUCCUGGGAAGGAAAUGGCUCCUGAAACCACUCUGCAUCUCCCAGCCUCUGGCUACACCUGAAGACAAGGGAUUAUUACAGCAGUUUCUUUAAGCUCCGCAGAUAAAAGGGCUUGUACCACUGGCCACAUGCUGGCCUCCAGUCGCCUGACUGCGCUCUUUGCCCGGAGCCAGAGGUCACGUUGUUUUUCUGAGCUCUGUGCCCCGCUCUUUUGUCAACACGAUGCUGUGGCUUUAGUUGCAUUUUUUUUUUGGUGGUUGGGUUUUUUUGUUAUACAAGUUCCUCACCCUGAAUUUAAGCACGUAUUUCAUUUCUGGAUGAUCCGUGUAUGUCCUUAGAUCAGUGUGCAAAGCAUGCAUGUGCUUUAUUAUUACAUUUUCCCACCUCCUCCACCUGGACUAAACAACUAUUUCCAGCUCAUGAGAGCUGCUGAAAUCUAAUUUCAUCUCUGCUUUUGCCGAAAGCAAGAAAUGAAGAGAGGGAAUAAACUGAGAGCUGCGCUCGCUGAACACCACUUUGUUGCCAUCUGUGGCUCUGCGGAAGAAGUUUGUGCACAGGAGGCUAACAGGAAAUCAGCAGCUUUCCCAGUAAAAAAGCCCUGUGUCCUCCGUGCUGCUCUAGCUGGCUGCAAGCUGGCAGAUUGGAAAAAAAAGACUCCUCUAAACCCAAAACUACUUUUGACAGCAAGAAAUCACCAGCUUUGAGCCGGGCUGCAGCACGACAAAGUCAGCUUGAGGAGGGGGAAAAAAAAGGGCUCUCUUGACAAGCCUUAGAUUUUCAAUGGUAGGAGAAAUUGUUAAGAAAAACAAAGAGAGAGAAGUGAGAGGAUUGUCAAAGCAGGUUAAAAAUAACUACCUGGGUAUUAUCUCCUCACACAGGAGUGUCUGCACGACUGCUGUGUCGCACCACGUCAGUCAGGCUGUAAUUGUGGUGAUUACUGUAAAUUAAAGCAGGAGGCAGGUAAGCAGGGACAGAAGUUUGUUUGUAAGGGAAAAUGAUGCUCCGAUGGGGCUGGGAAUCGGUCACGAGGACAAAAAUGCCCCCGCUCUGCAGCUGGUGGCCCCAUGGCAUGGCUGGGAGUUUGGUGCCCCUCCGUGGUCCCCAUCCUUCUCCUCCUGGGGUUCUUGCAGGGAUGGGUGCGUGCCUGCAGCGGGUGGCUGGGAUGAACGAGUGGCUCCAGCGCACCUAUCCUCUGUGCAUCUCCCACAGAGCCGCUUUGGGUCCCUGUCUGCAGGGGGAAACUGAGCCAGAAGGCUUCUGCCCCUUCCAGUUCCAGCUCUGGGCAGCACCCACGAGCACUGGCAACGGCUUCCAUCCAAAAGCUGUUUGCUGGGGCAGACCGGUGGUGGCUUGCACAGCUCUCUUACCACCCAAAAAAACACCUGGCACUCCUGGCUCGUGUCUGGAAGGUGGCACGGAGCUGUAAUCUAACUGAUAGCCUCAGCGCCAGUGAGUCCAUUUUAUCAGCGACCUGCAGUGUCUGCAAACACGACUGCAGACCGAGAGAAAGGAGCAAGGCAAGGCAAGAGAAAUAAAGUUGAAUCAAUAUUUGCUCUGUGGCACCUACUGGAGAAAUUCCUCCAGCAGGAAAACACCCUGCUAAUAAAGAUACCCUGUGCUGCUGGCACCGCUUCCACCGCGGGAUGUCCCAGGACUCCUUAAAAAUCAAUAUUAAACACCCUGCCCUAGGCUGGGGACGUGUUCUUGGUGGGAUCCAGGUCCCAGGUGAAGCACUGGAUGCUUCGAAGCAAAGCCUUGACCGUGACCACCCAGCGCUCGGGGCGGUGUUUGGGGGGGCUCACCAGACAGGGCUGCUCAAACACAAGGCUGCUGCCAUCCAAAAAACCACCCAGGAACAGUCAUUAGGACUCAAUUAUAGUUCUCGGUGCUAAUUAUAGCCCGUCUGGGUGGUGGUUGGAGGCUUACGAAAUAGGAUGUGUUUUCUAGCUGCACAGCUGCGAGGAGGGUGCCGGCGGCGCGAGGAAGGGGACGCACCUGCAGGCGCCUGCUCCCCGCGAGAAGGAGGAAGGUGUGAUGGGCGAGGAGAGCACGGCUGGGCGGCGAGGAGCUGCUGCAGUCCUGCAACAACUGCUUGAGUCAGCGGGGUGGCUGCGGGCAGGCCGGGGAGCUUCACCCCGUGAUGUUUUCAGAGGUGGCUGCCCCUCUCGCCACGGUUUCUGCCCCGUGCAGCUGGGGCGCAGCUGAGAAGCUCAGUCUGCGUGACGGCACCGCCACCUGCGACUUCCUUCUGCUUGGGUUUAGAUGUGCCUGCCUCUGACUCAGUUGGGUUAUCACCAGCUCAGGCCCACGUGCCGCGUGUGGAUGGCGAUGCUGCUGCUGGGGACGUGCCUGCUGUACUGCGCCCGCGUCACCGUGCCCAUCUGCGCCGUCACCCUGAGCGCUCACUUCGGCUGGGACAAGAAGCAGUCGGGCGUCGUGCUCAGCAGUUUCUUCUGGGGCUACUGCUUGACACAGAUCAUCGGAGGACAUAUCAGUGACCAAAUAGGAGGUGAGAAAGUCCUCCUCCUCUCGGCGUCAGCCUGGGGCUUCCUGACGGUCAUCACCCCGCUGCUCACACACAUCUCUUCUGCCCAUCUUGUCUUCAUGACCUGCUCCAGGUUCCUCAUGGGGCUGCUGCAAGGGGUCUACUUCCCAUCGCUGGCCAGCCUGCUGUCCCAGAGGGUCCGGGAGAGCGAGCGAGCCUUCACGUACAGCACGGUGGGGACCGGCUCGCAGUUCGGGACGCUGGUGAUCGGUGGUGCAGGAUCUCUGCUCCUGGACUGGUACGGCUGGGAGAGCGUCUUCUACUUCUCCGGCUUGCUCACGUUGCUCUGGGUUUACUGCACCUGCAAGUACCUGCUGACAGAGAAAGAACUCACCAUCCCCAUAGAAUAUUUAACGAGAGGCCUGUCGAUGUCCAAGCAGAGCAAAGUGCCCUGGAAGCAGCUGUUUACGAAGGCACCCAUAUGGGCUGUCAUCAUCGCUCAGCUUUCUACAUCCAGCACAUUUUUCACUCUCCUCUCCUGGCUGCCGACUUUCUUUAAGGAAACUUUCCCCGAGUCAAAGGGUUGGGUGUUUAACGUAGUCCCCUGGCUGGUUGCAAUUCCAACGAGCUUGUUCAGUGGAUUUCUGUCUGAUCAUUUAAUUAACCAGGGGUACAAAACCAUCACCGUUCGUAAGCUCAUGCAGGUCAUCGGCUCCGGUGUCUCCAGCAUUUUUGCUCUGUGCCUGGGCCAGACAUCCAGCUUUUGCAAAGCCAUAGUGUUCGCCUCGGCCUCGGUUGGACUCCAGACCUUUAACCACAGUGGCAUUUCAGUAAACGUGCAAGAUUUGGCCCCCUCCUGUGCUGGCUUGGUGUUCGGUGUUGGAAAUACAGGUGGAGCCCUCCUAGGAGUCAUCUGUGUGUACUUGGCUGGCUACCUGAUCGAAACGACGGGCUCCUGGACUUCUGUCUUCAACCUGGUGGCUGCUGUCAACAGCAUCGGGCUCUGUGCAUUCCUGGUGUUUGGAGAGGCCCAGCGGGUGGACACGGACUCUGCGUACAUUGACCUGUAGAGAGGAGUCCAGCAAGCAGAAGAAGGAUAGGGGAGCAUCACGUCUACGUGUCAUUGUUGCACAAGUGCCAAAGAAUAUUAUUCUUUGCAGGUAUUUAACAAAAAAUACUGAGACCAAGUACUUAGUGGGUCUGAAUGAAACCCACACCAAAAAGACUUCUAGAGUUCAUUUUUUUUUUUGCUCAGGGCAUGGCUGAUGGCCUGUAGAGCCAUCCAGCUCAACGUCUCCAGUGAGAUUUUGGCCUUGGUUUGCCCCAGUCUGCUUCCAGUGGACAAACACCCAGGUGGGCUGCCCUGCUCGGUGGGGCUGCACUUUGCACUCCCAGCUUAUCGAUGGAGCUGCUUCGCCGUGCGGGGCGUCGCUCCCUCCAUGCUCUGCCUCCCUGUGAUCGCAUGGAGGAUUGCCAGCCCUGGGACCGCCGCUCAACACAUUUUGUCUGAACUAAAGGAAAGGAAGAACCCCAAAGAAUGUACCUCUGACCUUAACUGUCCUUUGCGUGCCUUCGUUUUGCAGCCCGCUUGGCAGGUACAGCCCGGCUGCACAAGGGAGUGGGUUGUGAGACGAAUCCAAGGCUUCCCUUCAGGGCAAGUGAGGAUGUCUGGCUGGGUGUCUGCUUGGGCAGGACAUUGCAUGCAUUCUGCAGACUACACCAGACCGCUCACAGCAGCCCAAGGGC